UCACACUGACUGGCAGUGUCUCGGCGCGUUAAAAAACAAACGGAAAAUAUGGUUUUUUAACCAUUUAAAAACCAGUGCGCGCCUUGAAUAUCUUAAAAUUCUAACUGCCCGAGCGCAAGUAAGAUGGCAAUGUGUAAGGUGCCACAUAGUUGAGUGCACAUGAAGAACGGCAAACGACCAAUAACAAUAAUGACAUUUCGAUACAUACACACAGACGCGGAAGGUUGAAGAAGAAAAAAAAACUGGUAUAUAAAAGACGCCAAUAGAGCGUGCAAAAAAGAGAGGAUACGCGCUCGCCCCAAAAACACGGGGCCAAUUCCUGUCCUGUCUUGUCCUGUCCUGUCCUGUCCCUGCACUGAAGGACCUGCAUAAAUCCGAUUUGCAUUGCCAUAGAAGGAUUGAAAUACCGUCCGUAAUGUCACAGCAUAAUCCACAUUCCCAUCCGCACUACCAUCAGACACAACACCACAACCAUCAGCAGUUUCAGCAGCAGCAACAACAACAACAGCCACACAGCAAUUGGUACUCACAUGUUGCUUCCUACCCGCCGCCGCCACCCCAGUACCAUGCAUCGGCUACCUCCGCAUUUGGCGCCACCUCCACACCGCUAUCGAACGAUAUAUAUAGGAACUUUGGUCGUACCGACAACAAUGAUUCCCCAAGCUUUGGCAACCGGAAUUCGUCAAACACCAACUUCGGCGACAACAAUGGGCGUUACUUCAAUGAUGCCCCACAAGAUUAUUAUGUGGCCAACUUUAUUGACAAUUAUCGCGGUGGCCCGAGGUCGCAAAACUUUGGGGAUCAGCGUUCCUCCUAUAUGGGACAUGAUAUAAUGUCCGGCACAUAUUAUCCGUACAUAAAAAGCGAACCCAUGGAGUCAGCGUAUCAGCAGCCACAGAAUCCGAUGGCCCCGCCCCCAGCGCCAGAUAUGAUAAUAAAAUCGGAACCCAUGGAUGAACAUCCCUACAAGUCCAACUAUAUUGAUGACAAUACGCCCUUUGCUGAUUUUAACAAGUUCAACGAAUUCAGCGGCGAUAUGCUAAGCCCCAAAGUCGAGCUAACCGUCAAGGAUGAGACCUACGGAAAGACUUCCAGCAGCAACAUCAGCAGCAGCUUUGCACGCCGAAAAGCCCAGCAACAGCAAACGACAGAUCGUUCGGCGGAGAGUCUGCCCAUCUGCCAGCGCUGCAAGGAGGUCUUCUUCAAGAAGCAAUCCUAUCUGAGGCAUGUGGCCGAGAGCAGUUGUGGCAUUCAGGAGUACGAUUUCAAGUGCAACAUAUGCCCCAUGUCCUUCAUGACCACUGAAGAGCUGCAGCGCCACAAGCAACUGCAUCGUGCGGACAAGUUCUUCUGCCACAAAUACUGCGGCAAGCAUUUCGAUACGAUAGCCGAGUGCGAAUCGCACGAGUACAUGCAGCACGAGUAUGAGAGAUUUGUUUGUAAUAUGUGCUCUGGAACCUUUGCCACGCGGGAACAGCUGUAUGCCCACUUGCCGCAGCACAAGUUUCAGCAGCGUUACGACUGUCCCAUCUGCCGUUUGUGGUAUCAAACAGCCGUCGAAUUGCAUGAGCAUCGACUGUCGGCUCCAUACUUUUGCGGCAAGUACUAUACCAAUCAACAGCAGCAGCUUGCUACGAACCAGGGGAAUUACAAGCUGCAGGACUGCCAUAUGGCCACCAUGGAAAUACCCACAGCACCACUGCACAAGGCAACGCCUUCCAAUGCCUCAGCCUUGCCAGCCACAGCUGCCUUGAGCUCUCUGUUGCAACAGCGCCAGGCAAAUGCCGAUGGGACAGCGGCCAUGUUUGCUGCGGCCUCCUCUUCCUCCGCCUCGCUGAAGAGCGAGGUGAGCGUGAAGCUAGAGCGUAGCUACAGCAAUUCCACCAGCGAGUCCUCGUACAGCCAUCAGGACAACAGCAGCUACAACAAUGCCUAUGGCAGCGACAGCUCCAUCCAUGGCGGAGCACUGGCCGGACCACAGGCUCACUCCUCAACGCUGGACGACUCGGAGGAUGCCCUGUGUUGUGUGCCCCUGUGCGGCGUCAGAAAAAGCACCAGUCCAACGCUACAGUUCUUUACGUUUCCAAAGGAUGAAAAGUAUCUGAAUCAGUGGCUGCACAACCUCAAGAUGUUCCACAUACCAGCGGCGAGCUAUGCGACAUUUCGAAUCUGUAGCAUGCACUUCCCGAAGCGUUGUAUCAAUCGGUAUUCGCUGUGCUAUUGGGCGGUGCCCACCUUCAAUCUGGGCCACGACGAUGUGGCCAAUCUGUACCAGAACCGUGAGUUAACCAACACUUUUACCACUGGAGAGGUGGCGCGCUGCAGCAUGCCGCACUGCACCAGCCAGCGGGGGGAGAGCAAUCUGAAGUUCUACAAUUUCCCCAAGGACAUCAAGAGCCUGAUCAAGUGGUGCCAGAACGCCCGCCUGCCAGUGCAGGCCAAGGAGCCGCGUCACUUUUGCAGCCGACACUUUGAGGAUCGCUGCAUUGGCAAGUUCCGACUGAAGCCGUGGGCCGUGCCCACCCUCCAUCUGGGAGCGCAGUACGGCAAGAUCCAUGACAAUCCCAAGAAUUUGUAUGUGGAGGAGAAGCGCUGCUGCCUGAACUUUUGUCGCCGCAGCCGCUCUUCGGACUUUAACAUGUCGCUGUAUCGUUUCCCCAGAGACGAGGUGCUCCUGCGACGUUGGUGCUAUAAUUUAAGGCUGGAUCCGGGCGUGUAUCGUGGCAAGAAUCACAAAAUAUGCAGUGCGCAUUUUAUCAAGGAAGCAUUGGGUCUAAGAAAGCUGUCGCCAGGUGCCGUUCCCACAUUGCAUUUGGGUCACAAUGACACCUUUAAUAUCUAUGAGAACGAACUGUGGCCACCGCCAUCUCCCACUGGACAACAUGGCGGCAGUCACCAGCUUCUCCAGCAACAACAGACGUCGCAGCAGCUGUCGCAUCAUCACUCGUCCCUGCAGAAUCAGCAUCAGCCCAUGCAUAGCAAAUCCUAUCAACGCCAUUCGGCGGCCUCCACUUCCUCCUCCGCCAGUUCGGCCUCUCAUUAUGUGGACCCCGAGAUGAGUGCCUCGUACUUGAACCUGUCUGCGGGAGGCUCCUCCGGCGGGAUGAAUGCCAGCGACUGCAUGGAUGUGUGCUGCGUGCCAAGCUGCGAGAGCAAGCGGCACAACAGCGAGAACAUCACAUUCCACACGAUACCGCGCAGGCCAGAGCAGAUGCGCAAGUGGUGCCACAAUCUGAAGAUACCCGAGGAUAAGAUGCACAAGGGCAUGAGGAUUUGUAGCCUGCACUUUGAACCCUAUUGCAUUGGCGGCUGCAUGCGUCCGUUCGCCGUGCCCACACUCCAUUUGGGGCACGAGGAUGAAGACAUUCACCGCAAUCCGGAUGUGAUCAAGAAGCUGAACAUCCGAGAGACCUGCUGUGUGGCCGUGUGCAAGCGGAAUCGCGACAGAGACCAUGCCAACCUCCAUCGUUUCCCCAGCAAUGUGGCGCUGCUCACCAAGUGGUGUGCGAAUCUGCAGCGGACAGUACCCGAUGGCAGCAAACUCUUCAACGAUGCCAUCUGCGAGGUGCAUUUUGAGGAUCGUUGUCUGCGCAACAAGAGACUGGAGAAGUGGGCUGUGCCCACUCUGAUCCUCGGCCACGAGGACAUUGCCUAUCAGCUGCCGACCCCCGAGCAGGUGGCCGAGUUCUAUGCCCGUCCUACGGCCCCCAACAAUGGCGAGGAGCAGGGCGAGUGCUGUGUGGAGACGUGCAAGCGGAACCCGAGUGUGGAUGACAUCAAAUUGUAUCGUCCGCCGGAGGAUACUUCGGUGCUGGCCAAAUGGGCGCACAAUCUGCAAACGGAGGCCGCUGUCCUCACGAACAUGCGGAUAUGCAAUCUGCACUUUGAGGCCCACUGCAUUGGCAAGCGGAUGCGUCCGUGGGCCAUACCCACGCUCAAUCUGGCUGGAAACAUUGAGAAUCUGUACGAGAAUCCCGAGCAUUCGAUGCUGUACAAGCGAAGGACGCACAUCAAACAGAAGGUUCCGGUGACAAAGCCCACGUGGGUGCCUCGCUGCUGUCUGCCGCACUGCCGCAAGGUGCGUGCCCUUCACAAUGUCCAGCUGUAUCGCUUCCCCAAGCUUAAUCGCUCGACGCUGGCCAAGUGGGCACACAAUCUGCAGGUGCCGCAGGUGGGAAGUGCCCAGCGGCGGGUCUGUUCCGCCCACUUUGAGCCGCAUGUUUUGAGUAAAAAGUGCCCAGUGCCGCUGGCCGUGCCCACAUUGGACUUGAACUCCCCCGCUGGCCACAAGAUCUACCAGAAUCCGGCCAAGCUGAAGGCCAACAAGCUGUGCCUGCAGCGGGUAUGCAUUGUGGAGAGCUGCAGGAAGACCAGAGCCCAGGGCGUGCAGCUUUUCCGUCUGCCCCACAGCCCCACGCAGCUGAGGAAAUGGAUGCACAAUAUACGGACACGCCCAAGGGCGGCCAUGAGGAGCCAGUAUCGUGUCUGUUCGCGACACUUUGAGACGCACUCCUUCAACGGUCGAAGGCUGAGCGCCGGGGCCAUUCCCACUUUGGAGUUGGGACAUGACGACGAUGAUAUCUUCCCGAAUGAAGCGCAGGCCUUUGCCGAUGAGCACUGCGCUGUGGAGGGCUGUGAAUCGUCGAAGGAACAGCCCGAGGUGCGGCUCUUCCGCUUCCCCACGGACGACGACGACAUGCUGUGGAAGUGGUGCAACAACCUCAAGAUGAAUCCCGUCGACUGCAUCGGUGUGCGGAUCUGCAACAAACAUUUCGAUGCCGAUUGCAUUGGACCCAAACAUCUGUAUAAGUGGGCCAUACCCACGAUGCUGCUCGGCCACGAUGAUUCCCAGAUCGAGCUCAUACUCAACCCCAAGCCGGAGGAACGCUACGUGGAUCCCGUGUUCAAGUGCAUUGUCCCAACCUGCGGGAAGACUCGCCGCUUUGAUGAGGUGCAAAUGAACAGCUUCCCCAAGGAUGCGGAUCUGUUUCAGCGCUGGCGCCACAACCUCCGUCUGGAGCAUCUGUGCUUCAAGGAGCGCGAGAAAUACAAGAUCUGCAAUGCGCAUUUCGAGGACAUGUGCAUUGGCAAGACGCGUCUGAACAUUGGUUCCAUACCCACUCUGGAGCUGGGCCACGAGGAAACGGAGGAUCUGUUCAAGGUGAAUCCGGAAGAUCUGCAGAGCAAUCUGUUUGGGCGUCCCCGUCGGCUGCUAAGAGGGAUGAACAAUGUGACCAUCAAACAAGAGUUGCCAGAGACGGAGGAGCAGGACAUAAAGCCCGACAUAAGGACCAACUUUACACAGGUAAAGAUUAAGAAAUCUCUGGGGGAUAUUAAGUGCUGUGUGCACACGUGUGGGCGCAGUCGUUUGGAGCAUGGGGCACGUCUCUUUCCCUUCCCCACGGGCAAGCAACAACACCUCAAGUGGCGCCACAAUCUGCGCCUGGAGCCCGACGAAGUGGACAAAACCACGCGCGUCUGCAGCGCACACUUCAACAGGCGCUGCAUCGAUGGAAAGCAUCUUAGGGGAUGGGCCAUGCCCACACAGCAGUUGGGCCACCAAGAACAGCCUAUAUACGAGAAUCCCAAAAAUAUACCCGGCUUCUUUACGCCCACCUGUGCGCUGGGCCACUGCCGCAAGCGGCGGAGCAUUGACAAUGACUUGCGCACGUAUCGUUAUCCGCGGAGCGAGGAUCUCCUCGAGAAGUGGCGCGCUAAUCUCGGACUAUCGCUGGAUCAGUGUCGUGGCAGGAUCUGUGCGGAUCACUUUGAGCCGCAGGUGAGGGGAAAACUGAAGCUGAAGACGGGAGCAGUACCCACGCUAAAACUGGGCCAUGAGGAGGCUUUGAUGUACGACAAUGAGGCUAUAAAGGCUGGAGUGGCCGAGGAGGAGGUUUGCAGUCCGCCGGCGUCGCCUCUGGUGACACCCAAAACGGAAGUUCUGGACGAAGAGGAGCGCGAGGAUGAUGAGGAGGAGGAGGAGAACCCCGAAGAAGAGCAGCAGGAAAACCAUGAUGAGGAGAAGGAUGAACACGAGGAUGACACGCCCGAGGGAGCAGAGCAGCUGGGCGAUGAGGAUGACGACGAGGAUCCAGGCAACUAUUUUGAUCCGUUGGAGCUGGUGGAGACGUAUGCAGAGCAUCCCAGCGAUGAUGACAACAGCCACGAGGAAGCAGACGAUGCCAGAGAGGAGGAUGAGGAGGAAGAGGAGGAGGCAGAAACUCUCUUGCCUGAUACACCACCCAACAUAGCAGCAGCAGCAGUCCUUCGCGUGCCGAAACCAUGGGAAAGGCCUCUCGCAGUAGUGCCUCGCCGAGAGAAGCGUCCAAAUAACGUGGAUCCCAUCUGCUGCCUUAAGCACUGCCGCAAGGAACGCUCUGCCAUGUAUCUGCUGAGCACAUUUGGCUUUCCCAAGGACCAGCAGCUGCUGCUCAAGUGGUGCGCCAACCUCCAAAUGGAUCCCUCGAGCUGCAUUGGUCGCGUCUGCAUCGAACACUUCCAGUCGGAGGUUCUGGGCACGCGAAAACUCAAACAGAAUGCGGUGCCCACCCUCAAUGUGGGUCACGAUGUGCCACUGCGCUACAGCUGCAACGGCCAAGAGAGGCGUCAGGCAGCAGCGGCGGCAGCCACGAGCAGCUUCCCCGACGAAAUGCCACAGCAUUCGGUUUUUCGGCUUUGGAGCCUGAAACACUGCCGCAAGAGGAAAGUGUCGGAGAGUCCAGCUCCAGCUCCAGCAGCGAUCAAGAAGGAGGAGCAGAUGCAGAUGGAGAUGGAGGUGGAGACUAAGCCAAAGAUAUGCUGCCUCUCCAGUUGUGGCAAUGUGGAGGGCUACGGCCCGGGCGGGCACUUUCAGCCGCUGCCCCAGGAACAAAGGAUGCUGAAAAAAUGGCAGCAUAACCUGAAGCUACCAUCUGUCAAUCCCGACUCGGAUCUUCGUGACUUUCGCCUGUGCAUGGAGCACUUUGAGCCGCAUCAAAUCGAGAACGGAGCCCCAGUGAAGAUGGCAGUUCCGACCCUCAAGCUUGGGCACUCCAGUCCGAAUAUCUUUAAGAACAGGGAGAGCACGCUGCCGGGAUGCCUGUGGCCCUCGUGUCCGCCCAAUCGAAAGAUCUGCUACGAUCUGCCCGACAAUGAGGCCGUUCGAGCGGCCUGGCUGUCGUAUGUGCGGCUGCCGCCGGACAGCCAGGGGCGUCUGUGUGGCCUGCACUUUCUUCAGCUGUACGAGGAGGUGGAUCUGCCAGGAGAUGUACCCGAAACGGUGCUCGAGCGACUGCAGGGUAUCUACGAUCAGGCCUCCAUCUCGUUGAAGUUUCAGUGCUCGGUGCAGGGAUGUGGCUCCAAGUACAAGCAGGACACGCAUUUGGCAAAGCUGCCACGGGACGCGGAACUGCUUGCCAAGUGGCUGCACAACACCAGGAUCACCUACGAUCGCUCCUUGCAUUUUAGCUACCGCAUUUGUCUAUUGCACUUUGAGGCGUUCUGCUUGAAUGGCGUGCGCCCGCAGACCUGGGCCAUACCUACGCUCCAGCUAAAUCACGACGGGGAGAUCUACCAAAAUACCGUCAAGCAGGAGAUCCCAGAGAUGCCCCUGAAGCAGGAGAUCCUUGAGAAUCCCGUGAAGCAGGAGAAAUCGCACUGUGGCAGCAUCUCCAGCCUGAGUCUCUCCAUCCCCCUGCACAUAAAGACGGAACAGGGUCCUGUCCUGCGACCUCGAGGCACUUGGGGCACCUCUUCUCAGAGCAGUCCCUGCCUGAGCGCCAGCUCCAGUCCCCGCCUGAAAAACAGAAUCUGCUGCGUCUCCGAAUGCGGAGAGUACGCCAGAUCCCAGCGGCUGUACCGCUUUCCCACAGCCGAACCCGCACUGCUCAAGUGGCUGGUUAAUACCCAGCAAAAACCGGGACUCGUGGACAUCCAGAACCUGUUUGUGUGCCAGCUUCACUUCGAGGCGGACGCCAUUAACCAAACGCAGCUCAGGAGCUGGGCCGUGCCCACACUGAGGCUGGGUCACGAUGGGCAUGUCAUACCAAAUGCCAGACACAAUGGGAACAUAGCCAACAGCCAGGAGACGGAGCAGGCAAUGGAGUUCAUUCGGGCCAACUACUGCGCCGUGUUGAGCUGCUUUCAGCCGAAAGGAGAUGGUGUGCGCUUCUACAAGUAUCCCAGCGACAUUGCCAUGGCGCGGAGGUGGGCCACGAAUCUCAAGCAUCGCUCCAUGCAGGCCAGCAGUCAUGGCUUCCUGGUUUGCCAGUCCCACUUUGCAGCCGACUGUUUUGAUCCGGAGACGGGAGACCUGCGCGAGGACGCCGUACCCGUGGCCACACUCGCAGGGAACGUGAAAACAGAGGGCCUGCUGCUCCGUUGUCUGGUAAGGGGUUGCUCUACGGAUAACUCUGAAAAAGGACUGCUGUUCAAGGUGCCAAAAAAGAAUCGUGUACGGGAUGUGUGGGCCCACAAUCUGUGGAUGCAUCCGAUAGAGCUGAUGGGCGAGCACUACAUCUGCGAUCGACAUUUCGAGGCGCAUUGCGUGAAUGAACACAAAUUGCUGCACGCCGGCUCAGUGCCAACCCUCCACCUGGGACACAGCGAGCCGCUUGAACUACUGCCCAAUCCCCAGACCUUCCAGGACUGCCCUGAGGAGUGCGAGUGCUGUGUGCCCGGCUGUGGACGCACCAAUCGGAAGGAGGAGGAUCUGCAGUUUAGCAAAUUUCCCAAGUGGCGAGUCCUGUAUGAAAAGUGGCUGCACAACUUCCGCCUCGAAGUGCCCAAGGAGCAGCGCAUCGGGACGCUGAGAGUGUGUCACAUGCACUUUGAGGAGAGCUGCCACGAUGGCCAGAACGUGCGCAGGGGAGCUAUGCCCACCCUAGAGCUGGGACACUCGCAUCCAGACAUUUAUCGCUCCGACAAGGGGUCGCUGUGGAAGAAGGUUCACAAGAGAUUCACCGAUUGUUGCUAUCCCGAUUGCUACGAGGAGUGUCACAAGGCCAACACGAAUCGCAUGACCUACGAUCUGCCCAGCGAUGGGCCACUGCGUGAGUCCUGGCAGCAGCACAUGGCUAUCCCUGCCAGCGGUGAGGAUGGCUCCUCAGUGCUAAAGCUCUGUGCCCUACACUACAUCAUGCUGUACGAGCACAGCGAACAGAGCUUCCCAGAACACGGACCGAAUCUACUGCUGGACAAGAACUAUGAGCACGCCCGUCAGUUGGCGUAUCUGCGGCGCUUCUUGUGUGCGGUACAGGGCUGUCGUCAUUUGCAGCCGCGGGAUGGGGGUCCGAUGCACGGCAUACCCCGGCGGAGGGAGAUCCUUCGGAUGUGGGUGGAGAAUGCCAAGCUGAAGCUGAACGAGCACGAAAUUUACAUGACGAAGCUGUGCAGCAAACACUUUGAGGCCCACUGCCUGUUCGAGGGCAAAAAAUGCUAUCCCUGGAGCGUGCCAACGCUCCAUCUGCCAGAGGUGCAGCCCGGGCAGGUGCUCCAUCAGAAUCCCACCAAGGAGGAGUGGCAGGAAAUGAAACAGAGAAUGAAAGUUGAAGAGCAGACGCCGAAGACGGAAGACCAGGCAGAUGGACUACUAAUGGAACCCUAUGUGAAGAUGGAACCCCACGACGACGAGUCACAAACGGAGUCGGAAUUGCUGAUAAAUGAGAGCACACUGGACUCUCAAGAACUCUCUCAAGACUUUCCAACACAAGAGCCAAUGGAAAUGCCCGCCCUGGAGGUGCUCUUAGAGGUGGGCCAUAUCGAGAAGCUGGAUAGCUACGAGAAGAAGGAAUACUCUGCGGAUACCUCUACCAACACGUAUGCUCCGAACAAACGUUUCCGCCAUCAGUACAGUGCCCACAAGUGUAGUGUCGAGGGAUGUCGCGUGUCGCUCGAGGACCUUGACGGGAAUCUGAAGCUGCACAAGCUACCCAGCUCCACGGAGGCGGCCGGGAAGUGGCUGUACAACAUUCAGGUGGAGAUAGAGGAUAAAUGGCGGAUACGCGUCUGCAGCCAUCACUUCGACAGGCAGUGCCUCAAUGGUUCGAGGCUUAGGAGGGGAUCGAUGCCCACUCUGCUGCUGGGGCCGCGUGUUCCAGAGGCCAUCCAUCAGAAUGAGUUUGCGCAGCUGCAAUUGGACGAUGCGCCAGCCCAGAAUGGCCAUACAUUGGAGCGAUCCAUUGGAAAGGUUGUGCAGAUAUGCGUUCCAAGUCCGUCGCCGCCGCGUAAGUCGAGCAAAUUCUGCCAGAUCGAGGGAUGUCCGAACCAUCUGACCAGCGAGAAUAUGACGCUACACAAGUUCCCGCACUCGUCGUGGAUCUGCACCAAAUGGCAGCACAACACACAGGUGCCAUUCGAUCCGGAGUACCGCUGGCGCUAUCGCAUCUGCAGCGCCCACUUCCAUCCCGUGUGUAUGGUCAAUAUGCGGCUGUUGCAUGGCAGUGUGCCCACCCUGAAGCUGGGUCCACGGGCACCCGGCGAACUCUUUGACAGCGACUUUGAGGCCAUAAACAUAAAGAUUGAAAAAAUGGAGAAGAUGGAGAGGAAAUCAGAGGCUCAGAGAAGCACCACUGGAGAUAGAUAUCCCACCAUGCAGGCCAUGGGGAAGAAGAAGUUCAAGACUGAGGAGCUGGAAGAUGGAAUGGAGGAGGAGGAUGACAUGCUCUGCCUGGAGCCAGAGAUGCAGCUAUACGAAGAUCAGGAAGAACAGCAACAGAAGCCAAAGAUAAAUCUUGGAGUCCCCAAUGGCGGCUGGAAAACGGAACUCCGUUUGCCAUCGAAGGGUAGGGUGGCGUUCAAUCCGGUGAGAUCUGGCUACGACAAGUGCUCGCUGAUGCAUUGCCAGCGCCAGAGAUCGAAGCACGGCGUCCACAUCUACAAGUUCCCCCGAUCGGAGGAGCACCAACAGCGAUGGAUGCACAAUCUGCGCAUACGCUACGAUGAGAAGCGCCCCUGGAAGUUUAUGGUCUGCAGCGUGCACUUUGAACCGCAUUGCAUACGGCUGCGGAAGCUGCGUCCCUGGGCAGUUCCCACGCUAGAGCUGGGGGACAAUGUGCCCGAGGACAUCUAUACGAACGAGCAAUGCCAGAUGUUUGCCAGUGGACAGGGAGGAGAGAUCAAUGGCAUCGAUAGCGAUGAGGCGGAGGCGGAGCCGGAGGCAGAAGGGGAGAGCGAUGGGAAUGAUGAGGAUGGCCUGCUGGAGGACGAGGAUGAGGAGACAGACGACCAGGAGCCCAUCGCCAAGAAGCGUCGUCGCUCGCGGCUGGAUGCAGUCUGGCCUCCCGGCCAGGCGCCACCAUGGAAGGUGAAACAAUGCUGUCUUCCCUACUGUCGCAGUCCUCGCGGCGAGGGCAUCAAGCUGUUUCGACUGCCCAAUAAAGUCAACUCCAUCCGCAACUGGGAGAUGGCCACGGGCAUGAAGUUCAAGGAGUCGCAGCGCAACACGAGACUCAUCUGCAGCCGCCACUUUGAGCCGGAGCUGAUCGGAGUGCGUCGUCUGAUGCGCAAUGCCAUUCCCACCAGGCAUCUGGGACCCACGGGCGAUGUAAAGCCAGUGAUGGCUCCACCGACAGCUGGUCCCAAAUGCUGUAUGGCAGAUUGUACCUAUGAUGUGGCGGAUUUGAAGCUGCACAAGUUUCCCAGCAAUCCCAAACUCCUGAGGAAGUGGUGCCAGGCAUUAAGGGUCACGGAUAUGCAAAGGUAUCGCGGCAAGCACAUCUGCUCCGCCCAUCUACCCGUCCACGAGGCCGUACAGUGCAUUGUUUGUGGCGCGGACAAAGCACCCCUGCUGCCGAUGCUUAAUUUUCCCGCUAACCGGAAUCAGCGCGCCAAAUGGUGCUACAAUCUGAAGAUCGAAACGAUACCCAAGUGGGACAUAUCCAAGCACAUUUGCUGUAAACACUUUGAGCCAUAUUGCUUUGCAGAGGCGGGUUUCCUUAAGCCAGAGGCGGCGCCCACACUGCAUUUGAAUCACAAUGAUACAAAUAUAUUCCUUAACGAUUGUGCCAUAAAUCCUGCCUACAGUGUACGCGUGAAGGAUGAGCCCAUGGACAAUCAGGUCCUGUCAUUGGUGUAGAAACGAAACGAAACAGAACAUGAAAUCAGUUUCAACUAGUGUUUAGAUGUAACAUUUGAUAGACAUUACUCGUACAUUUUGUGUACACCCAGUGGCCACCACACACAUCACACAUUGUCUAGUUUUCAAUCGUGGAUUUAUUAUCAUUUAGUAUUUCAAUGCGUUAUACAUAUAUCUCGUGAAAGCGGGAUGGAAAUGGCAGAUGGAAAGCAAAAUGCCAUAAAAACAAACAACACACAACACAAAACAUGUUCCUUAAGUUAUUCGUUAUUAAUUUUAAUACAUAUACCACACACAUUUUAUUCUGUGAAAAAUUGAGUUGUCAUUUCCAUAUACAGAUAUAUAAACUACUAUGUAAUACCUUUGAGCAUAUAUGUAUCGUAUGUAUGUAUGUGUGUGUAAACCUGUAGUCGACCCCAACACAAAUAUUUGGUGUUUUUCUAAAUACAUAUAUAUAUAUAUAUACAUAUAUA